AAUGAAAGUUCCCUCUGUGGGUAAAGAGCCCAUGGCAAGCAGUAAUCAGCGCUUGCAAAAGCAGCAAACGUGCCUCAUCUAAGUAGCUGAAAAAUUGCAAGUGACCUGACGAGAUCCCUCUGGUCUUUUAUGAAGGUAGGGUUUUAAUUAAAUAACGUUAUCUCUUGUCCCUUGAAGUCCGUAUCUCCAGAUGCAUCACAGCCACCUAAGCCUCACAUAAAGGCACACUUACAGCAAUAGAAAGGUGCACGUGAGCCUUGGCACUGCCUGGCCCUGCUGUGCUCCCACUGCAGUGGGGAAGGCUUGCAGACAGAGCUAAUGCCCACUGAAGGCCAAUUACUUUCAAGCCAUAAGAUUUGCUUGUUCUGUGGUACCUAAAAUAGACACGAUGAUUCUCUGGAAGCAAUCACAGCAACUGAACCAGCCUUGGCAAUUAGAAGAAGGCUUUUUUUUCAGCUGGAUGCUUGUCUGCCGGAGAAUGUCUCUCAAUGUAGGGAUGAUUGCUCACGUGUUCUCAAUUGUCGAUGCUUAAUUGGAUUGUGUCCAGUCCUUCCUUCCAACUGCUUCUAUGCAGAGUAUAUUUAAGUCCAUUUGUGUCUAUUUUUGUCCACAUUCUGUGCGUGUCUGGAACAGAACAAGUUUUAACAGCAGCUUUGUAAACGCUACUGACAAAUGAUCCUUCACAGAAACAACUUUCAUUUCUUGUUUCAUUGCUCCACCUUCUGGUUAACUCACGUUUAUUUUUCAAGCAAGAUCUGGAGUGGGAAUGGAAUCAUACCUAGCAGGGAAACUCCCUCACAAAAGCUACAAAGCCCUCAACGGCCGCUCGUUCCGGAGGGCGCGCCACGAGGCGAAACGCUCGCGCCUGGCACGCAGCCUUCGGCUGCCAGCGGCCCCCCGUCGGCACUCUUCGGCACUCUUCGGCAGCUCUCGGUCUUCGGGAGCCAAUCAGAGAAUUCCGUGCGUUCCCGCUUUAGCCCGCUAGCGCGUGCAGGCUGAGGAGAGUUCUGCGGGCCGGGCCCGAGGGAGGCGGCGACGAAGGCUAUUGGUGGCGGGUUUUUUGGUUCGGGAAGCCCGGCGGGGAGGUAGGCGUGUGGUAUUGUGGAGACGGCGGUCUCCUGUUUGUCGCUGGAGUGGGGACGGCGUCGCUCUGUCACUGAGGAAACAUGACGGGAAGAGCUAGAGCCAGAGCAAGAGGGAGGCCUCCAAGUCAGGAGGCUGCCAUUCCUCCUGUGGGAGCUGCAUCUGCUCAAAGGACUUUGCCCAGUCGUCCACCUGGGCAGCAGCAAUCUCUGCAGCCGUGUCGUCCUCCAGCAUUGGCAGAAGAAUCUGGUGGCCGUGGGCGACAGAGAGGCCCUCAAGAUGCUCCAAAGACACUAGCAACAGGAUUACAGAUCUCAGCAGGGUUUCAGGAACUGUCUUUAGCAGAUAGGGGCGGACGUCGUCGGGAUUUCCAUGACCUCGGGGUAAAUACUCGGCAAGCCAUAGAACACGUUCGAGAAUCAAAAACUGGCUCUUCAGGUGCUGUGAUAAAAUUAAUUGCAAAUUUUUUUCGUCUCACAUCUCGACCCCAAUGGGCUUUGUAUCAAUACCAUAUAGACUAUAAUCCUGAGAUGGAAGCACGCCGCCUUCGAUCAGCUUUGCUCUUUCAGCAUGAAGACCUAAUUGGAAAGACACAUGCAUUUGAUGGAUCAAUAUUAUUCUUGCCAAAAAGACUGUCGAAUAAGGUUACUGAAGUAUUUUCUAAGACCCGAAAUGGAGAAGAUGUGAGGAUCACAAUCACACUGACUAAUGAGUUACCACCUACUUCACCUACGUGUCUGCAGUUUUACAACAUCAUUUUUAGAAGGCUUUUGAAGAUGAUGAAUUUGCAGCAAAUUGGACGUAACUAUUACAACCCUAAGGACCCAGUCAACAUCCCUAAUCACAGGUUGAUGGUUUGGCCAGGCUUCACAAGUUCUAUUCUCCAGUAUGAGGAGAGCAUUAUGUUAUGUGCAGAUGUGAGCCAUAAGAUUCUUCGUAGUGAAACAGUUUUGGAUUUUAUGUAUAGUCUCUAUGAACAGGUUGAAGAGAGAAGAUUUAGAGAUGCCUGUGCAAAGGAGCUGAUAGGUGUAAUUGUUCUUACAAAGUACAAUAACAGAACAUACAGAGUUGAUGACAUCGACUGGGAUGCCAAUCCGCAGUGUACUUUUAGACGAGCAGACGGCUCUGAAAUCAGCUAUAUAGACUACUACAAAAGGCAAUAUAAUCAAGAAAUCAGUGACUUGAACCAGCCCGUCUUGAUCAGUCAGUGUCGGAGGAAGAGAGGAAACGUGAUGGUAGGACCUGUGGUUCUAAUCCCAGAGCUGUGCUAUCUAACAGGAUUGACUGAGAAGAUGAGGAAUGAUUUUAACAUGAUGAAAGACUUGUCUGUUCAUACACGACUUUCGCCUGAGCAAAGACAACGUGAAAUUGGAAAGCUUAUUGACUACAUGAAAAAAGAUGAAUGUGUUCAGAAGGAACUCCGGGACUGGGGUUUAAGCUUUGAUUCUAAUUUACUAUCCUUUACGGGAAGAGUUGUUCAAGCAGAAAAGAUCCUUCAAGCAGGAAACGUGUUUGAUUACAAUCCUCAGUUUGCUGAUUGGUCACGGGAAACCAGGGUCGCUCCCUUAAUCCGUGCCAAGCCUUUGGACAACUGGUUACUGAUUUACACACGGCGCAACUAUGAUGCUGCUAAUACGUUACUGCAGAAUCUGUUCAAAGUCACUCCAUCUAUGGGAAUCAGGAUGAACAAGGCAACCAUGAUUGAAGUGGAUGAUAGAACAGAAGCUUAUUUAAGGGUUCUGCAACAAAGUAUUACUCCAGACACGAACAUCGCAGUUUGUAUUUUGUCUAGUACCCGCAAGGAUAAGUAUGAUGCUAUCAAGAAAUACCUGUGUACGGAUUGUCCCAUUCCAAGUCAAUGUGUGAUUGCUCGUACUUUAAGCAAGCCUCAGACUACUCUGGCCAUAGUGACAAAAAUUGCCUUGCAAAUGAACUGUAAGAUGGGUGGAGAACUUUGGAGUGUUGAGAUCCCACUGAAACAAUUAAUGAUUGUGGGCAUUGAUUGUUACCAUGAUACUUUAUCUGGAAAGCAGUCAAUUGCUGGAUUUGUCGCUAGCCUGAAUGAAACAAUGACAAGGUGGUUUUCACGCUGUGUUGUUCAAAGCCGUGGGCAGGAACUUGUGGAUGGGCUCAAAGCCUGCUUGCAAACUGCUCUAAGAGAAUGGUUCAAGUGGAAUAAGUAUUUGCCCUCUCGUAUUAUUGUAUAUCGUGAUGGUGUAGGAGAUGGGCAGCUCAAUACUUUGGUGAAUUAUGAAGUGCCUCAGUUUCUGGAUUGCUUGAAGACUGUUGGUAAAGACUACAAUCCAAGACUGACUGUGAUUGUUGUGAAGAAACGAGUGAGUACCAGAUUCUUUGCGCAGGUUGCUGGAGGACUUAAAAACGCACCCCCUGGCACUGUCGUUGAUACAGAGGUGACCAGACCAGAAUGGUAUGAUUUCUUUAUUGUGAGUCAGGCAGUGAGAAAUGGUUGUGUUGCACCCACUCAUUAUAACGUAGUAUAUGACACUAGCAAGCUGAAACCAGAUCACGUGCAACGUUUAACCUACAAACUUUGCCACAUGUACUAUAACUGGUCGGGUGUUAUCAGAGUACCUGCUCCUUGCCAGUAUGCCCAUAAACUGGCUUUCCUUGUAGGACAGAGCAUUCACAGGGAACCAAAUAUGUUGCUUUCAGACAGGCUUUACUAUCUCUGAAGUUACCAGUUUAACUAAAAAAGUUCCUUUCUAGGGAAGGUAGAAGUGUGGGGUUUGGGUUGGUUUGUUUCUUUCAUGAGACACGUGCGUGAGUACGUGUAGUUGUGGAACUUAAUUUUCACUGUAGCAGGAAAAAGAUUGAAGAUAGCAGACCUGUGUUUUGAAUAAGACUUUAUUCAACUGCAUAGAGGAAAACAUUGUUAGAGACUGCUACAGGUUCAUAGGUGGAGUGAACUCAAUUUGGUGGUUGACAUUGUUAAUUAUUUUUCUCAUUUAACAAGUGCUCACUUAAUUUCCUGUGAGGAACAUCAGUAUCUACAUCAGCACUGACUUGGGGAAAAAAAAAAAAGUUGUGCUAUAUACAGGGCUUUUUGGUUUUUUCACUUCCAAAUACUUGGAAGGGUUUAGGUGUCAGUUCAGAUUGUAAUUCUGAGGUUCUUGCUGGUAACUGUUGAGCAGGAGUGGCUUAAUUUGUAAGGCAAAACAUGGAAUACUUCAGAUGUUGUAUUACUAGCUAUCCUGUUAAACUAGAUCAGACAGAAGUGUUUGAUUAGUGCUGUUCUUUGAAACUGACUCACAAACUCUGUUACUUUUCUUUGCAAGAUUUAAAUAAAGUUGUAAUCCUGCUCUCUU